AUGUUGCUCCUAUUUAUCGUUCGUUACAACAAGAAUGAUUAUGAAAAGGCUCUUCAGAGACUUACAUCGACCAUCGGAAACAAUAUCAGUGAAGGUGCCAAGAAAGCCGAUUCCUUCUUCUCUUCAGCUUGCAUUUACAGGGUCCCCGAAGAGCUUCGUAAGGUGAAGGAAAGCGCCUACACCCCUCGACUCAUUGCCAUCGGCCCUCUUCACCGCAAGGACAAACACCUCCAAACACCCAUGCAACAGGUCAAAAUGAGCUACACGAAUUACCUACUUUGUCGACUGACUGAUGGAAUGGACGCGGAGUCAGCAAGGCAGAGAAAGUUCACGGUGCUACAAGACUGUUUAGCGGAAAUAAAGACAUCGUUAGACGAUGCAAGGAAAUGCUACGCAGAAGAGGUUGCACUGGAUGAGGAAAUGAUGUUGGUCGACGGUUGUUUCAUCCUUGAAGUUCUCUACAAAUUCUACGAAAAGAACAUACACAAGGAAGAAGAAAAAAUACCUUUUAGUACUGGAGGAGACAAUGGCAGCUCAAAGGCAGCGAAGCCAACAAGAAGAGAGAAAGAGAGUGAUGAGGGAGAGAUACCACCACAGACUCUGCUGCCUCGAGGAGAGGAUGGAAUCAAAGGCAGCGGCAGGCAAAAACCAAAAGAUCCUAUUUUUGGUAGCAUUUUGACUGCCAACACUGUCCAGCUCGACUUGCUACUCCUCGAGAACCAGAUUCCAUUCUUUGUGCUUGACAGAUUGUUCCGACUCACGGUGGAUCAGAUCCAGAUUGGGACAGAUCGUCCCCUUAAGUUUUCGCUCGCCAAUUAUGUCUCUUUCUACUUUCAGAACUUGAUGACUCCAGAAGGAAAUUCCACCAACAAAACUUCUGGUUCUCCUAAUGACUGUGUCCUUUGGGUUUCUGGCGACCAAAUGGUAAAUUCUAAACAAGAAUCUAAUUACCACCAUAUCCUCCAUAUAAUACAUGAGGAUUACCAUCCUCGUGAACAAGCAGAAAAGAAAGUACGUAACGAACUCAUGCCUCCGGCCUCAGAAUUAGACUAUGCAGGCAUCAAGUUUGUACCUUGUACAGGAGACGAUCUAUUCAAGUUCAAGUUCAAGUUCACUGAACCUAAAGGCCCAUUUUGGUGGUGCCGUAGGGCUUGUUUCGAAAUCCCAGCACUUGGAAUAUACGAUCCCACAGAGUCAUUCCUCAGGAACCUCAUCGCCUUUGAACAAUGCCUCCCUGGUGUUUCGCAGCACUUUACGUCCUACGCUUUCCUCAUGGACAAGCUCGUGAACGCUGAUAAAGACGUCCAAGUGCUCGAAAAGGCCGGAGUGGUGCAUAACUACUUGGGUGCCAGCGAGGAAGCCGCCCAUCUAUUCAACAAGCUAUGCAAGGAAGCUGCACUAGGAGAGUUCCUUUUCGCUCACCCGUGCCACAAAGCGGCCGAGUAUAGCAAGCGUUGCUGGCCGAAGAAUAUGGCAGACGUGAGACGCAUGUAUUUUGCUAACCCGUGGACGUUCAUAGCUUUCUGCUUGGGCUUCAUUGCUUUUGGCAUAACGAUUACUCAGUUUGUAUUCCUUUUCAUCUAUAAAUAAACGCGGAUGAUCAGGAGCGCUUCAUCAUGUUUCCAAGUAGACUUGUAGCAAUAUCUCUAAAGGGAAUGUGUCUGAAUGUAUAUAGGGCUAUGAUGAAAUUAAGAGUAAGUUUGCCUGCGUCCUUGAUAUGCAAGUUUAAUAAAAAGAGUAAGUUU